AUGGCAGGCCAGUUCCGCAGCUACGUGUGGGACCCGGUGCUGAUCCUGUCGCAGAUCGUCCUCAUGCAGAACGUCUACUACGGCUCCCUGGGCCUGUGGCUGGCGCUGGUGGACUGGCUGUUGCGCGGCAGCCCCUCGCUGGACCAGAUGUUCGACGCCGAGAUCCUGGGCUUUUCCACCCCUUCAGGCCGGCUCUCCAUGAUGUCCUUCAUCCUCAACGCCCUCACCUGUGCCCUGGGCUUGCUGUACUUCAUCCGGCGAGGGAAGCAGUGUCUGGAUUUCACUGUCACUGUCCAUUUCUUUCACCUCCUGGGCUGCUGGUUCUACAGCUCCCGUUUCCCCUCGGCGCUGACCUGGUGGCUGGUCCAAGCCGUGUGCAUUGCGCUCAUGGCUGUCAUCGGGGAGUACCUGUGCAUGCGGACGGAGCUCAAGGAGAUCCCCCUCAACUCAGCCCCUAAAUCCAAUGUCUAG